GAGAUUUGUCAGCGCAAAAUAUGUUUACAUCCCUGAGAACUCUAGGAGGGUCGCCUUCCUAGACUGAGGACCAUUUCAAGGCCGUCCUCAACAUUGUCUCAACGUCUUUCUUGACUAUAAUCAUCUCUCAUGGAUUCUCCAUUGUCACCACCGACCCCCUCCUCAUCCACUGUUUCACAUUCACCCUCAUGGAAAUCUGUAUUUCGUUUCGCCAACUCUCCCAAGAAAUUCUCAACCGGCGCUGGUAUCUCUUCUAAUUCUACAUUGACUCUCGACACCGGUCCUUAUUCUAACAGCACGACUCCUACAACACUAAUGACACCAGCAUCGCCUUCUUGGGAACAAGGAUCAUCGUAUUACUCUAACUCAAACUCGAAUUCGACGGCCAGUAGCACUGAUUCAACGGGUAUUGGGUUUGUCGGGACACCCUCACAAACGACCCCUGCAAGGUCAAUCUCGAGCAGUAGACUAAACCCAGCCCCAGGAAAGGGAAAUAGACUGCAUCCCCAGCGUUCAGCCGAUGUGCUUAGCCAAACACCACCCCAACAGCAUCAGCGACAACGAACAAAGUCCGAGAAACAACACCGUGCCUCUGGUGCGCGGCGCGUUUUCUCAAAUACGAUCAAAACAAAUCAACCCCAGACGUCGCCUCUCAAUGUCAAUCCCGGUUUUCUCACCGCCGACCCCUCUCUUUCCUCCUUUCCUCAACAUCCACAGUCACCCAGUACAUCUCGGCCAAACCCACUCUCACCGAAACAUGUUGGUGCAUCAGCUUCUCGUUUCAUCAGACGCGUUGCAUCAGCACCGAAUGCGAAAGGACUGUUUUUCAAGACAAACCAGCAUCAUAAUCACCAGCACUUACCUCAACUACCCUUGCAACAUCAAGCCACGACGAGAAAUGGUCUACUUGCAGCACCAGAUGGCCUGGGUAUGCCACCACCUCUCCCUUCAUCAAUGGAAGGCACAAAUUCGCUAGAAAGGGACUCCUCCGGAGACUAUGGCUCCAGUCCUAGAAAAGAAGCUGGAGGAGCUGGAAAGCUUCCACAUCCUGGCAUCGGAAAGGUAGCUUUUCGGAGGACGUAUUCUAGCAAUUCGAUCAAAGUCAGCGAGGUUGAAGUUGCCCCCUCAUCCUUCCUUAAAAUAAAAAUGCUUGGCAAAGGUGAUGUAGGGAAAGUGUACCUCGUAAGGGAGAAGAAGAGUGGCAAGCUUUUUGCGAUGAAGGUCCUCUCCAAGUCAGAGAUGAUCCGGAGAAAGAAAAUCCAUCGAGCCCUGACUGAGCAAGAAAUACUCGCUUCUGCAAAUCAUCCGUUCAUUGUGACACUAUAUCACAGUUUCCAGUCCCAGUCCUAUCUGUACCUUUGUAUGGAAUAUUGCAUGGGUGGGGAAUUCUUCCGCGCACUGCAAUUGAGGCCCGGGAAGUGCUUGGAUGAGAGUGGGAGUAGGUUUUACGCAGCUGAGGUUGUGGCUGCGCUGGAAUACCUACAUUUGAUGGGUUGGGUAUAUCGGGAUCUCAAACCAGAGAAUAUCCUCCUUCACGAAAGCGGGCAUAUCAUGUUAUCGGAUUUCGAUCUGGCGAAGCAGACGACAGCGCCUGCAGGGAUGCCGGCCAUAUCUCGUUCUGAGACGAAUGGUGUUCCUCUUAUCAAUACUAUGUCCUGUACGGCGAACUUUAGAACGAAUUCAUUUGUUGGAACAGAAGAAUACAUCGCCCCGGAAGUGAUUGCGGCUCAGGGACAUACCGCUGCUGUAGAUUGGUGGACUUUGGGCAUUUUGAUCUAUGAGAUGAUCUACGCAACAACACCGUUCAAAGGGACGGAGCGAAACGACACGUUCAAUAACAUACGCAUGAUGCCGGUCCAUUUCAAGGAUAGUCCCAAGGUGUCUGGAGCAUGCAAAGAUUGCAUUACGAGAUUACUGGACAAGAACGAGGUGACACGGUUGGGCAGCCGGAGUGGGGCAAGCGAAGUGAAGCAGCACAAGUGGUUUUCAAAACUGAACUGGGGGUUGUUGAGGAAUGGGAAGCCACCGAUCGUACCGUCACGAGAAGGGGUGAACUUCCGACAGAUGAAGGAGAGCCACUCGUUGCACCUGGAGGGGGAAGAGGAAGUCGGAGGAGUCGACGAGCGAAACGACCCGUUUGAAGCAUUCUCUAGUGUUACCCUACACCACGACGGAGAGACGUAGCAGUACUGUUAGAUAUCUUGUAGGAUUAAUGGAUCAGAUUGGACUCAUGGAACA